AUGUAUAUUUAUUUGAGAGAUAAAUGUGAUAUAAAAAAUUUAUUAAAAAAGAUAACAAUAAUAGUUAAAGAAUGUAUAAAAUGUAAAGAAUAUAGUAAAAAAAUUAAACAUAAAAUAUUAUUUAGUGAUUAUAUAUCAACAUGGAAAAGAAUUGGAAUAGAUACGAUAGUAUCACUACUAGAGUGUGAGGAAGGAAAUAAAUAUAUUUUAAUAGUAACUGAUUAUGGAAGUAAAUAUGCAAUAACAAAAGCAGUAAGAAAUAAAAGUAAAGAAGAAGUAGCAAAUUUCGUAUUAAAUGAAGUAAUUUUUAAGUAUGGUUCACCUGUUGAGAUUAGGAUGGAUAACGGUAAGGAAUUUAUUAAUAAUGUUAUGGAAGAACUAGCUAAAUUUUGGAAAAUAAAGUUGACAAAGAGUCCACCCUAUCAUCCUGAAGCCAAUGGAUUAACAGAAAGAACAAACCAGUCAAUCAUAAUUAAGUUAUCUAAAAUCAUUGGUGAAAAUAAAAUGAACUGGGACGAGGAUAUUAACAUGGCAACUUUUAUGUAUAAUAUUAGUCCAAUGGCUAAAUUAGGAAGAUCACCUUUUGAAAUUUUAUUUGGAAAGGAAUGUAAUUUAAAAUUGAAUGCUGAAAAUAUAGCUCUUACAGAUGUUGAAAGAAAUUUGAUGUAUGAAUUGAUAAAAGAAAGAAGAAAAUUUGAUUGA